GGGCACACGCUGCGAAGAGAUGAAAACGAGAUUUGCAGAGAGGCGCUUGACUGGAAUCCAGAUGGGCAUCGAAGAAGAGGCAGGCCCAAAAGCUCGUGGCGGCGAAGUCUAGCCGCUGAAAUCCGCACAGUUGACGAGAACCUUGGCUGGCAGCAAGUGAAGACGCUGGCUCCGGAUCGCCAGCAGUGGAGAUCUUUUAUCUCAGCCCUAUGCGCCGGUCAAUCGGCGCUGGACCCUUAGGUAGGUAGGUUAGGAUACCUGUUGCACUAGAACAGCUAGUAGAUAAGAAGAUACAAGAAAUGUUAGAACAAGAUGUGAUCGAGCCAGCUAUAGAACCCCCUGAAUGGAUUUCUCCGAUGGUCAUUGUACCGAAAGCCAAAGGAGAUAUAAGACUAUGCGUUAACAUGAAAUAUCCAAAUGAGGCAAUACAACGUGAGCACUACCCCCUUCCAAAAAUAGACACUUUUUUAAAUAAGCUAAGGGGCGCUAAGUUUUUCUCCAAGCUAGAUAUAACUUCCGCCUACCACCAUGUGGAGCUACAUCCGGAUUCAAGAGCAAUAACGACGUUUAUGUCAAAUAGAGGACUAAUGAGAUAUAAAAGGCUCAUGUUCGGCAUCAACUGUGCGCCUGAAAUUUUCCAGCGAAUCAUGACGGAGAUGCUUUCUGGUAUAGAAGGAGUGAUCGUAUACAUUGACGACAUAAUAGUUUCGGGAAAAACACUAGAUGAACAUAAUUCUCGCUUGCAGGAGGUUCUUCAUGUUUUAGGAGAAAACAACGCUAAAUUGAACAAAGAAAAAUGUUUGUUCGGAACGGAUCAGCUAGAAAUUUUGGGUUUUAAGGUUAGUGCCAGUGGUAUCAGCCCUUCAGAGGAAAAAAUAUCAGCAAUAAAAAACUUCAGAGUUCCAAAAACUAAAGAAGAAGUGCGGAGCUUUUUGGGUUUGAUCAAUUUUGUGGGACAUUUCAUCCCCAAUAUGUCCACAAGAACCGAAGCUUUACGAAAAUUUGUACGAGGAGAAGUCGAGGUUUUUGGGGAAGAUCAGUUGAUAGCGUUUAACGAUUUGAGAUUUGAACUAUCAAACACCGUCCGUCAGCUUGGGUUCUUCGAUCCAGAAGAUUCAAUUGAGCUUUUUGUGGAUGCUUCGCCAGUUGGGCUUGGAGCGGUUCUCACGCAAAGAAAUAAGCAAAACGUUCCCAGGAUCAUAAGCUUCGCUUCCAAGGGUCUGACUAAAGCUGAAAGGGUGUACCCACAAACGCAGCGUGAGGCCCUCGCAGUUGUCUGGGCGGUGGAGAAGUUUUAUCACUUCUUAUUCGGCACGGUUUUUACAAUUUUUACUGACCACAAAACGCUAGAAUAUAUUUUUGGCGGAAAACAUCAACAGGGAAAAAGGGCUUGUUCUCGUGCAGAGGGCUGGGCUUUGCGAUUGCAGCCCUACAACUUCAAGAUAAAGCAUAUUCCGGGGCCAACGAACAUUUCUGAUAUCCUCUCGCGGCUUUGUGCUGAAUCACAAACACCAUUCGACGAGCCAUCCGAACAUUUUCUUUGUGCCAUAGGUGAGGGGAUGACUGCUAUAUCGUUGGCUGAAAUAAAAAAGGAAACAAACAAGGAUGAGACACUGUGUGAGGUGAUGAAAGCGAUUGAGUCACAAGACUGGCAUCCGAAACUCGUUCGGUAUUCAGCGUUUGCUAAAGAGCUUGGCAUUAUCGAUGGAAUCCUCGUUAGAAACGAUCGCAUAGUUCUUCCCUUAGCCCUAAGACUAAAAGCGUUAGACAUUGCACACCGUGGCCACCCCGGGAUAGUCACUAUGCGUAGAAUUCUUAGGGAGAAGCUUUGGUGGCCGUACAUGGAUCAUGACGUUGUGGAUCGCAUUCAAAAAUGUAUUGGGUGUGCUGCAGUCAGAAUAGAUGGACCUCCUGAGCCUAUGCUUCGCAAGAGUAUGCCUGAUAGAGCGUGGCAAGAAGUAGCAAUAGAUUUUUUUUCAGCGAAAGAGUUUUCUACAUUUUUAGUACUAGUUGACUAUUACAGUCGGUUUUUGAAAGUCGUAGAAAUGAGAGGCACGAAUGCAAGCAAAACAAUUGAUGUUCUCGAAGACAUUUUUGCUGAGCAAACUUAUCCAGAGACCAUCCGAAGUGAUAAUGGGCCCCCGUUUAAUAGCGAAGCGUUUGCAAACUACUGUGUGGAAAAAAACAUCAGAUUAGUACGAACUAUUCCCUACUGGCCACAAAUGAACGGGCUAGUAGAACGUCAAAAUCAGGGCAUUUUACGAGCUUUGAGGAUUGCUAAGGCGACCAAUGAGGAUUGGCGAAAAGCUCUGAAAAAUUAUGUUUACAUGUUCAAUACUACGCCACAUUCGAUGACCGGAAAAGCUCCAUUAGAAUUGAUGACGGGACGACCGGUUAAGGACCUUUUGCCAUCGUUAAAAACAGAUCCUAACUUGUUUCGUGAUGAAGGAAUAAGAGAGCAAGACCUCAUUGAAAAAACGAAAGGUAAAAUAUACGCUCUGACAAACGCCGUCACGCGAAACUGUCCGAUAUUGAGGUCGGGGAUACAAUAAUGCUAAAAAACUACGCUAGCGGAAAAUUGGAAUCGCACUUUAAACUAGAAAAAUUCACAGUCGUUGAACGAAACGGAACAGACACGGUUGUACGCAAUGAUGAAGGAAUUACAUACCAUCGACCAGUUUCUCAUUUGCGGAAGUGGCCUUCUCAAUCAGACCAGGAAACAAUUUCGGAACAAGUAUCUAAAAAGAGAAUUCGAUCAGAUUCGAUUUCGGAUUCAUCUUCAUCUUCGGAAGCAGGGACAUCACAAACCGGUCAGUAUCGCCAACCUGGUCUUCACUCGGACGCAAUGGACCUUGAGGAUACCCUUGAUGAACCAAUCCAAACUUCAAGUCGGCCGAAACGCAAAACCAAACUGCCUUCAAGAUUUUCUUCAUAGGACUGACAUAAAAUUUUCUCAAUGAAGCA